UCUGUCUGCACCUCCCUUUUUGUGUCUUCAUGCAACCACACACACACACAUCCUCCCUCCCUCUCUUUUCGCUGCGCGCUGUCGCUGCUAACUCCACUUGGAACCUCACCGCGAGCGGGCAGACAGACGCAUCAGGACACGUUCGAGACCGAGAAGAACCCCGCACAAAACGAGUGUAAAACUGCAAAGCAUCACACUGUCUCUUUGACCGGAAUACUACAGUUUUCCAAGAAAAAAAAAACGUCUGAAGGAGGAUGACGGAGGUGAUGAACACCUGUGAGCCUGCCAUGGAGGACUUUAAUGUUGCUGCAGCCUCAGAAGACCAGAGCAUCUCCUUCCAGAUCUUCCCGGACUCCCAUGAGAGGUACCCCAAGCUGUCCAAGCGUCUGCCGUCCAUCGUGGUGGAGCCCACAGAGAGCGGGGAGGUGGAGAGCGGGGAGCUCCGCUGGCCCCCAGACGACCUGAGCCCGGGGGACACCCCUGGGGAGGCCCCACCCUCGGCUCACAGCCAGUCAGCAGAUGAGGAGCUGAGUCAGGACAGCAAGGACAGCCGGGAGGCGGACGGGGCCGCCGGAGGGGACUCCAACUGAUACGUGCGGCCACCACCAUUCCAGCUUUCACUGUGAAU